AUGUCGUCGUGCGUGGGCGAGACCGGCCUGGUGGCCAUGGACUGCCUGGUGGUGUGCUGCUGCUGCCCGUGCCUGGUGCUGCAGGUCACCGUCUUCCUCUUCGUCAGGCUGCCCAGGAAGGUGGUCGUGAAGACCAAGAGGAUCAUCCUGAGGAGAUGGCAUAGGAGAAGGUCGUCGUCGUCGUCGUCAAAGGCAGCCGGGCUGAAGCUGGCCGACCUGCUGGACCUGGACGACGGCUUUGAAGCCGCGUUUGGGAUCGGAGAGGAGGAGGGCGCCGGCGAUUGGAAAGAGAGGUGCUUCGCUGUCGGCGGCGGCGACGACGAAAUCGACGGCGUGUGGGAGGCGAUCACUGAGCAAGAAGGGCUCUUCUGGUUCGGGAGCUUUUGGGGCCGGCAUGAGCAGGAGGGGUCGGCUUCUCAAGGUGAUGAUCGGAUGGAUGGAAGCUUCAGGUUGCCUGUGGCGUUAGAGCGGAUAUCAAUAAAGCAGCACGAUGUCCGUGGCUGUGAUCUGUGGCGGUCAGGCGGUUUAUCUGGCGACUGGCGAGAGGAUCCUGCGGAUUUGACAAGCUACGACUACCACCGGUAA